AUGGCUGAAAACGUGCCUCUCACUCCAGCUUCCCGCCAGCUGGGACGCCUGGUCCCAAGAAAUUCCAAAGUCUUGAUCGUCCUUGUGAUUAUUUCUUGCCUUGUUAACUCCAUGACAAUGGGCUACGACGGGAACAUGAUGAACGGGCUCAACAUCUUACCCUCUUUCUACGACACGAUCAGUCUCAAUACUGCAGGGCAAUCUGUCAGUACUGGUAUCAUUUGGGUUGGCGGCUGCGUUGCUGCACUGUUCUCCGGUCCUGUCAUUGAUAGAUGGGGUCGAAAACCUGGAAUGUUGGUUGCUGCUCUCAUAGCAUGCGUUGGCAUCCCUCUUCAAACUGCAGCUCAAACACCAGCCAUGUUCGUGGUUUCACGACUGAUUGUUGGCAUUGGAGUUGGGCUCAGUUCAGUGGCAUGUCCGACAUAUUGCGCUGAGACGGCGCCACUCCAAUGGCGAGCCUUUUGUUUGGGCCUCUACUACGCCUUUUGGUAUGGCGGAGGAUUGCUUGCAUCGGGUGUCACUUAUGGCACGGCUAAACUUCUGAGUUCAUGGGCAUGGCGUCUUCCAUCCUUGAUCCAGCUCGUGCCUGCCUUGCUUUGCAUUGCAGUCUUACCUUUUAUUCCCGAGAGCCCACGUUGGCUCAUGUACCACGGCCGUGAGGCGGAAGCACUCGAGGUUUUCGCCAUCAUGUCGGCCAACGGUGACACUAGCGAUCCUGUUGUGAUGACCCAGUACAAGCAAGUUUAUGAUACUGUUGUUUUCGAGAAAUCGAACAAGGCGAGCCAGAACUGGUUGGACGCCUUCAGAACACACAACAACCGCAAGAGAAUGAUGUUGGCAUGCUCUUGUGCCGUCAUUGGAAAUAUAAGCGGGAGUGGCAUCAUCUCAUACUAUCUCGGCACAAUGCUUAGCCAGGCUGGCAUCACCAAUACCAACACACAGCUACAGAUCAACAUUUAUUUGUCCAUCUGGUGCCUGUUUAUGGCCAUCCUCGGUACCUGUCUCGCAGACAAGAUUGGUCGAAAAAUUCUAGGUGCCGGUUCAAUGACUGCAUCUUUGAUCUUUCUCUACCUCGUAGGGGCAUUCACAAAACUAUACGGCUCCGGAGAGAACUACUCGGGUGUUCUUGGAACGGUCGCAUGCAUCUUUCUUUAUCAAGGCAUCUACUCAUUUGGAUGGACUACGCUUCUGGUCAUGUACCCACCUGAAGUGCUCAACUUCAGUCUGAGAGCAAACGGUGUCAGCAUCUACACAUUCUUCUCCAAUGGCGUUGCCACCUUCAACAAUGCACUGUUUGCACUGUUCGCGCUUUGCGUUGUGACAUUCGCGUUUCCAUUUGCACUAGCCAAGAUAGGAUGGAAGACGUACAUGAUCAACGCCACUUGGGAUAUUUUGGAAGUGAUCUUCAUCAUCCUGUUCUGGGUCGAGACCAGCAACAAGACUUUGGAAGAGAUUGACGAGCUUAUUGAUGGUGAAAUGCAUUCCGACGCACCAGUGCUUAUGGCAGUCAUACAUGGAGACGUCGAUGUCAAGGCGGCGAUCAUGACAUCUGGCGAGGAGGAUGGCAAGGGAGAGACCAACAAACAAGCCACCAUCGUGAUAACUUAG